GUAAAAAUUGCUCGCGCCUACCUCGAUCCGGACACUGGGCGUGAGCUGGCUGGUUUUCCAGCCGACUUGGCGGUACUGGCAGGAGUCAAGGUCGUCUAUGAGAUCAUCCCCGGCUGGCCAGCUAAGUCGACAGCAAACCAGCGCCGGUUCGAGGAUCUGCCUGAGGCUGCUCGUCGGUUUGUUGAGACUGCAGAACGACUUUUUGGUUUGCCGGUUCGUUGGGUUGGCACUGGGCAGGCCAGAGACGCAAUCAUCACACGAUAAGCUUUUGGCUGAUGCUACUGUUUCUACAUCACUUCGUUACCCUGCCCCUAGCUUUUUUUCGGAUUUUCCCCUAACGAUAGGCAUGCGGCCGCAAAAAACUUUUUCCUUCCAACACAUUAAAUUGACUUCAAUAGUAUUUUAUGCCCAUCAUAUUAGUAGUUACCUUCAUUUUUCCAUAUGUUUGCUCUUUCUCUCGUUUGUCUUAUCGACUCCAAGUUUAUUUCACAACUUACCUCAUCAUUCUAAUCACUUUGCUGCAUGA